CUCUCCUGCUAUGUCCUCUAAGGUGUUCCGACCUGGUGGGAAGGAAAAGAGAGAAUAGGUCAGGUCCAUAGUCAUUAUUUAAAAUUUUAAACAUUGUGAUUAAAUCUCCUCUCUGCCUACGGUAUGACAGGGAGAAGAGAUUUAAACUGUCUAGUCUUUCGUCGUAUGAUAAGUUAGUCAUGCCGUGAACCAUACGUGUUGCCUUCCUUUGAACCCUUUCUAGAAUAUGUGAGUCCCCUUUAAGUCAAGCAUUGGACUUUGGUGUUUGUUGUUUACUCUUGCUCGUCCCUCAUAGCUUCGGGAGUUUGAUUACAAUGAAUAAUCGUGACUGGGCCAUUUCACAGUUUAAAAUGGGAAUAAUAGUGUCAUAUUGCCAAUAGAUUUUGAGUGGUUUGUUUUAUUUACAGACGAAGUGAGCCAGCUUAAUGGAGUGUUGCACAGUGAUUCUCCAAACUUGACAUGGAGAUUUGCACAUGCGAAUUAUUUACCAGGAUGCUUCCAAAGUUUCUGUAGUGUUGUUGGUUAUGUUAGGCAUGUCACUUAAGUAAAUUCAUGGUUGUUGUAUGAAACUAUCAGACAUUAUUACUGUCUCCUUACUCUUAUUAACAAUUUUUGGAUACAUCGCCUUUGUUAUUACUUACUGAAGCUUAGUGAAUAACUAUAAACUGUGAACGGACCUAACCGGAUAAACAGCAACAAUAAGUAAAUGUCUGAAUGUGAUAUAACUGCACAAUCAUGAACUAGGGUUUCAGUUCCUCAAUUGUUGCUCAAGCUGAUGUCAUUAGAAUAAUUCGAUUAACAUAUUCCCUCAGUCGUCAUGAAUACACGUGUCUGCUCUUGUAUUAGCUUGAUUACAUACAUGUAUUGUUUACUGGUCACUAGGUUGUCAUGAAUAGCUCUAUGUGCAUAUGAAAUAUUUAAGUCCAGGAGUAUUGUUCAGUUUGAACUAAGCUCUUCGGCACACCAAGAUUAAGAGAAGUGUUCACAAGUCCUCUCUGCAACCGUUGUCAGUGGUUACUGUAAAACAAGUUUAACGAAGGUGGCAGCAAAAAUCAAACACAUCAUAAAUUCGGUGGUAUGUUUUGUUAGAUUAUAACCCAAUGAUAUUGUGUUAGCAUCAAUUUAAAAUGAGUAGGGAACUUCUAUAAUUGUUAUUAUACUAACUGUCUAGCAUUUCAUUUGAUUUUGAAUUGUAAUAUAGAAUGUCAUCUGCUAAAACACAUUCGCGUUUCCGUCGUGCCUACUAGUUGGUAGUAUUGCUUACAGCUAACUCCUUGUGACAAUGGCCGAACCAUCUGUAGGCUUACAGUAUUUCAGGGGAGAAUCUUUGAAGCAGUUAAUUCAUGCGGCCUCAUGUCUACCUCCUCUGCAACCUUCACGAACACACAAAGUUUUUUUUCGUUGUGACCAAGAUCCCAAUAGGCCACCUGUACCGUAUCCCGACGACUACUGUGAUAAGUGGAAUGGAUCUUAUGUACGUAUGCCAUGUUCCCCUGAAAGCGUGUAUCCGAUUUAUGAAGGUGGAGCUAGUAACCUUGCUUCUAGAUGGACUAUGGUGGAGAAGGCAUUAAGACAGAAAAUAGGAUCUUUCACCGAGCUGAAGGAAGCCAUUUUAUCAUACAACUCUCGUUUCAAGUCAUCAUGGAAUUUCAAGAUUUUAGAACACAUGUAUAAAGAAAAUUUAAUCCCUGACGGAGGAAAUGAUAACUUCUUCAACAAUGCUCUCCCCAGUCUUUGUGCGUUGGCAUUAAAUCUACCCGUUUUUGUUACAAAGCCUAUUCCUUUACUCAGACGUGGCUGUGAACGUUCACUUACUUUAAGUCAACUACAAAUAGCCAGUCUUUUGGCAAAUGCAUUCUUCUGUACAUUUCCCAGACGUAAUUGUCACGGUCAAGCGGCAGAGUAUGUCAAUUUUCCUGAAAUUAAUUUCUCAAAUCUACUGUCAAUGAAACCUAUCCAUCAGCAUAAUAUAAACAGGACGCUGCAUGUUAAAGUUCAAAAGUUACGCUGUAUAUUGCAUUAUUUUCAUCGUGUUUUAAAACAUUUUCCCGUUGGAUCAAUAACAUUCACAAGGCGCCGUUUAGGUGAUCUGGCACCAGAUUGGUUAGGCAGUAUACUUACAUUUGAUCAACUGCGUUUACAUGUAAGCGCUACAGAAUCAAUCACCGAUGCUGGUCCGAAUACUCUCCAAGUUGAUUUUGCAAACUGUUACUUGGGUGGCGGUAUUUUAGGCAGUGGAUGUGUACAAGAAGAAAUUAUGUUUGCUUUACGCCCAGAAUUGUUAAUUAGUUGUUUAUUUGUUGAAUGCUUGGAUCCUGAUGAAACACUUAUUAUCGAGGGUGCCGAACAGUAUUCCGUGGGUUCUGGUUAUUCUGAUAAUUUUUGUUGGGCUGGAGAUUUUGACCAGUCAAAGAGUGAGAUGAAACGUGAUGAAUGGGGAAGAUGGAAUUAUGCUAUAGUAGCAAUGGAUGCUACACGGUAUACUAAUCCUGUAGAACAAUAUAAUGCUGGGGAAAUGCUCAGAGAAAUAAACAAGGCUUAUUGUGGAUUCACUGAUGAGUUGUUUCCUAACAGAAAACUACCAUCAGUUGUCGCUACUGGAAACUGGGGAUGUGGUGCGUUUCGUGGUGAUGUAGAACUAAAAUGCAUACUUCAAAUGAUGGCCUGUGUACAGGCGAAAAAAUCUUUAGCUUAUUUUACUUUUGGAGAUAAACAAUUUUGUGAUAGGAUUUACGAAAUGUACACGCUACUUUCCUCGCAAAAGGUGACUGUAGGAAAUCUUUGGCGAAUUCUAAGUGAAAAUGCUGAAUCUCUCUUGGACUAUAACAAUUCUGUAUUUGAUUUUAUUUCGCAGACUUUUGAAUGUAUGAAAUAAUCUAGAGAUGGAAAAUGGUGAUAUUCAUUUUUAUGUGCCAAAUCUUUUGUACUUAUGACUUUUUUGUAAACUGAUUUGACUUAUUAUUGCU